AUGAAACCAAUAAUUGCUAUAACGUUCCUUUUGCUUGCUGCCUGCUCUGCAAGAGAUUAUGGUAUGAGCAAGGAAAACGUGGAACUCUUCAAGAAGAUCCAAAUCGAAUGCGCGAAAAGUUUUAACAUCUCCGAUGAUCUUCUGAGGAGGUCCAACACCGUGAAUGUACCUGAAUUCAAGGAGAUCGGUUGCUUCCCGCACUGUGCAGCGCAGAAGCUUGGAAUCUUCGAAGGGAACGACUACAAUCCGGACAAAAUCAGAAACAUAAUCCUACCAGAGAAAAGGGUUAUGUUCGAGAAUGUUAUCAAGAAAUGCAUCGUCGUUCGAGGAGAUACUGCCUGCGAACGGGCCUACGACGGAUACAAAUGUUACGCAAAUUUUGCUUAUAAAAAUUAGAUAAACCCAAUUAUUAUUUUAAAUAUAAUUAUGUUUGCU